CAGGAGGCCCUCUCCGUGUCUGAAAUCGCAAUCAAAUAAUAAAAACCCAAAUUCCCUCUACAGACAGAAAACAAAAAAACGAGGGUUGCAUUCUACAGUAAUUUUUGGAGAAAUUGAGUGGUGGGAUUGUUGAGGAGACGGUGGAUUUGGUACGAAUCGUUGGCUUUUCAUCAUCGGCCAAGUGCUAGAACGAAUCUUUGAGCUUUUUGCUGUCAGAUUCGGCUUCCCAGUUCAGAUUAGGGUUAGAGUUAGGGUUUCUGGUGGUGAGAAUCAUGGCGGAGGUCGUUCUGCAUAUAUACGAUGUGACGAACAGCGGAUCGGAGAAGACUAACAACACCAUUGUUCAGAUCAACAGAAUCUUUAAGGACGGGAUCGGUCUUGGAGGCAUCUUCCACAGCGCCAUUCAGGUAUAUGGGGAUGAAGAAUGGUCUUUCGGGUUCUGUGAACAAGGAACUGGCGUAUUCAGUUGUCCUAGCAGCAAGAAUCCUAUGUAUUCGUAUCGUGAAAAAAUUGUCCUUGGGAGAACAGAGUGCUCAAUCUUCAUGGUAAACCAGAUCUUACGUGAACUCAGCAGGGAAUGGCCAGGACACUCUUAUGAUCUGUUGUCCAAAAAUUGCAAUCACUUUUGCGAUGAAUUCUGCGAGCGGCUCGGUGUGCAGAAGCUCCCAGGUUGGGUAAAUCGGUUUGCCCAUGCCGGUGAUGCAGCGCUAGAAGUGGCAGGAAACACCGCUAUGCGGUUAAGGCAAGCGAAAACUGAGAUAGUUUCAGCUAGUAAAGUGGCUUACCGGUUCCUAGCGGGCGUAACUUCAAACGUAACCAAUGGCUCUCCACAACAAUCUCCAAGCAAUUCAAACAGAGGGAACUCUAGAUUUCAAUCAUCUUGGCUCAAAGGGCUCAUCAGCGGGGCCAAAUCCUCGACCAGUACGGAUAUCGAGAACAAGGGCGAGGAUCCGAUCCUCCAUUCGCAGCAGCGGCCGGAGAAACAGAGCCAUGGUUCUGAUGCUCUGCUUCUUCAUUGACGCUUUUUGUUUUGCUAUUGGAAUGGGUACAGAGCCAUCGCGGUUUUAGCAAAAUCUUCUUAAUGGGUGUUUUGUUUUCUGAAAGUGUACAUGUACUUGUUGAAAAUUUCACACGUUACUUUAAGCUCUGAAUUCGUUCGUAUUCAUAUUACCCUUUGUACCGUUUCAGACAUUUCUUCCGGCAGAAUGUGUGAUUUUGUUUUUUUUAA